AUGGUAAUAAUCCUUAAGACGAGUGAAAACGAAAUGGACAAUCGCGGAUCUAAACCAGUAAUACUAAAUAAUAUUACUGUAAAAGAGCAAAGAGUAGACGGCAGUUCAUUGAUUAAGCCGCAUUUUAUCAAUGUCCCAUCUAAACUAUUCGGUUUAAAAGAAUUCUCUACCUGUGAUUCUGCCCAUGCUCGCACAGUAAAUCCUGGGUUUCAAUUAGGUUUACAUACGAAAGAUCUUAAUGUAUUAUAUCUAUUACAACAACAUUUGGGUGGUAUUGGUUCUAUUCAUUUAGCUAAAAAGCGAGAUAUAGUUAAUUAUUCAAUAGACUCAAUUGAAGAUUUGAAUAAACUUAUUCUUUAUUUAGAUAAAUAUCCGUUAUUAACUCAAAAAGCCGCGGACUUUUUAUUAUUUAAACAAGCGGUAAAACUUGUAAAUAAUAAAGCUCAUCUUACUGUUGAAGGUUUAAAUCAAAUAGUAAAUAUAAAAGCAUCGAUGAAUUUAGGUCUAUCUGAUAUGUUAAAGUCAGAGUUUGCUGGAUAUACUCCAGUUGAAAGGCCUGUUAUAAAUUCGGGUAGUGUAUCUUUAGACCCGGAUUGGAUUUCAGGUUUUGUCAGUGCUGAGGGGAAUUUUGACGUUCGUAUUCCAACCACGAACAGUAAAUUAGGUUAUCGAGUACAGUUGAGAUUUAGAAUAUCUCAACAUAGUAGAGAUCUUAAACUGAUGGAAAAUUUAGUUGAAUAUUUUGGGUCUGGAAAGGUGUACAAAUAUGGUGGUAAGUCUGCUGUUAGUUUUACAAUUGUGGACUUUACAGAUAUUACCAAUAUAAUUGUUCCAUUCUUCAGUAAAAACCCUAUCAUAGGUAUAAAACUCUAUGAUUAUCUUGACUGA